ACACACAGCUGAAAGAAAAGUAGAACCAUCAGAGUACGUCUACGACUGGUAAAACCAAUGUUUGAAUGGGAUACAAAUUCAGCCUCUCGGUCUGUCAGAGAGGGUAAAUGUGUCUACCAGAUUACAGAAAAAACACAUCGCCGAGUCUCUUCCAACUCCAAGUCACCACGUUUUCAAAACGAACUAUACACGUUCUUUACGCAGUUGUAUGCCUCAAAGACACUAGUUAGCCAACAACUCUACGAUAACCUGCUAGCUAGCUAGCUACCUAACAGGUAAAUUGCUUAAGUAACAUGUAACACCGACUAAUUCGCCUGGUUUUACCAAGAUUGAGGUUAGUAGGUUAGAGCAAGCCGCGGCUGUUGCUGAAUGAUCUCCACAGUGUCUGUUGCCUGAUUGAAAUGUCUGGAUGGCAGAUCCUCGGAGUUGUCGGCAUCUUAAUAUUAACUCUGUUGUUGAUGGGCAUCGGGUACGUGAUGUACUCGGGCCUCUUUUCCGAAAUUAACAUCCGGACCGGAUCACCUCCAAUGAAAAAUAUCACAAUUGCCUACAAGUUUAAGCAAGGACCUUACAAAGACUGUGGAGCGCUCUUCACAGAGUGUAGUAGACUUGGUCCGAAGCUCUCCACCAUUGGGGUUUUCUACGAUGAUCCAAAAAAGGUGCCCGGGCCCUUGUGUCGCUGCGCGGUGGGCAGCGUGUUGAGCGAGGCGGUCGGUGCCCCCUGCGCGGAGACACAGCUUCGCUACGAGGCGGCCGGCUUCCGCCUCUUCUCCUUCCCCGAGGUCACGCACGCCGUGUGCGCCAGCUUCCCCCACCGCACCUCCCUCUCCAUCUUCCUCGGGGUCCAGCGCGUCUACCCGCAGCUGGACGCUUACAUCAAGAAGCGGCAGUUGUGUGCCCACCCAUUCCUGGAGGUGUACAGUGGGCAGCUGAUCCACUACAUGAGCCCGCUGGCGCGCCAGGAUGGGUUCUACGUGCCCGAGGUACGGGAGGCCGAGCGCAGGAGGGCAGGAGAUGAUGAGGAGGACGAGGAGGAAUAUGACGAAGAUGAUGGGACGACCAUUGUUUCAGGUACAGGUUCUUACAGCCAGUGCAGCUCAGUCAGCGGUCGACUGCGUCAACACAGCCAGUGCAGCUCAGUCAGCGGUCGACUGCGCCAACACAGACAGUGCAGCUCUCUGAGCGGCCGGCAGCGUUCCGAGAGCCGGUGCAGCUCCGCCAGCAGCGGUCAGCAGCGCUCCGACAGCCAGUGGAGCUCCGUGAGCGGUCGGCUCCGGCCGCCGAGCCAGCGCAGCUCCGUGAGCGGUCGACAGCGCUCCCGCAGCCCGUGCAGCUCCGCGACGGGCCCGCACUGCUCCAGCAGCAGCCACAGGGGCAGCCCCGCACCCUGCUCUACCAGCUCGUGCCUUCCGCUCCGGGCCCCCGAGGAUGCCGCGGAGCAGGCGGCCGAGAGGAACCACAGAUCGUCCCCCUCCCCGCUCAGAGGGCUGGACGUCAAGCUGAAGGUCCACACCCGCUCCUCCUGCCAGAAGGAGCUGCUCCAGGAGCGAGGGAUGGCCACUGAAGGAGAAGAAUAACAGAGGGAUGAAGAGAUAUGUAUGAUGGCUGGAGAGGAGCGAGCCAGUCCAGGCAAUGUCUUUCUGGUGUGCAAUUGGCCUGGUGGACCAUGAAAGAAACACCAGUCUGCAUUGCGUCAUGUCAAGGGAAGUGUGCUAAACACCCUUGCUAGAGGUGGCCUUAUUCUCUUGUUAUUCUCCAGUCACUUGCUAUUGUCAUUUCAAACACACCAACGUGAUUUCAGUUUAGACACUACAGUACCUGCUCCUUUGACUUAGCUGUGAAUUCAACCAUUUCAACACUGAUCUUAACGACAGAACUCUACUCUGAACAUGCAAGAUUUGAUUUAGAAGGUGCUAAGGACCCAAACAGUUGGUUUGGCGUCAUAUUCCACUCUGCAGAUCUGCAUCAACCAUACAAGUUCGAACACUGCUCAGUUCAUACUGUUCUAAUAUUGUUAUUCCAACACUAUUGUUCGCCAUAAAAGAAACAACAACACACAGUAAUGCUGUGCCAAUUUAGAUAUAAAAACAGUGCUCAGAACAUCAAACCCAACCAAUGCACAGGUGAAUGCCAAGUUAAUCUGAGUUCUUUCUCAUACUUGAAUGAACAUUGAUGGAACAAAAGGAUGAAUGUGAAAUGUUUGUUCAGCAUACAGAGCAAAACCAUCUCUGUUGAGCCUACUGCUGAUAUGAUUCUGUUGUUUAAAAGAAAUGUGUGUUUCCAGGUGUUUUAGACAAUAUCACCUAGACCUUAUUGUCAGACUGAAUUUAUAUUAUUAGUUUAGGUUUUUUGAUUGCCUAUACUGGUACCAUUUUGUUUUGAAUGUUUUGAAUUUGUAAUUCUGUAGUUAUCUGUGGGCACAUAGACAUUGUCUCAUAUUAAUUCAGUAUUUAAUUAUUUGUUCUCCUUCAGGAUGGGUAACUUUGAAACCUGUAAAUCCCUACUUGUAUAACACUACACUUCCAGAAUUUGAUACGACUUGAAAUGAUCUGUGAUAAAUAUCUCACAACACACAACCUCAAGACUUCAGUCAAUGACCGCGUCUCUGGCCUGAUAGAUAUUUGACUGACCUCUGUGAUUUCUUUCAGGACUCUGGACAUUAAAUAUUAUUCUUUUAUUACCA